ACCGACGCCAGACACCGGGACAGGGCCGGGGUGGAGGAAGACGAUGGAGAAUUUCUCGGCGCUGUUCGGUGCUCAGGCUGACCCACCACCGCCCCCAACCGCACUCGGCUUCGGACCAGGGAAGCCACCACCUCCGCCUCCCCCUCCUCCGGGCGGGGGCCCCGGCACGGCCCCGCAGCCCACCUCGGCCACGGCCCCGCCCGGCGCCGACAAGUCAGCGGCUGGUUGUGGUCCCUUCUACCUAAUGCGGGAGCUGCCAGGUAGCACUGAGCUGACAGGCAGCACCAAUCUGAUCACACACUACAACCUGGAACAUUCCUAUAAUAAAUUCUGUGGGAAGAAGGUGAAGGAGAAGCUAAGUAACUUCCUGCCUGACCUGCCAGGGAUGAUUGAUCUGCCCGGUUCCCAUGAUAACAGCAGCCUCCGCUCCCUCAUUGAGAAGCCCCCUAUUCUUGGUGGCUCUUUUAAUCCUAUCACAGGGACCAUGCUGGCUGGCUUUCGCCUCCACACUGGCCCGUUGCCAGAGCAGUGUCGUCUGAUGCAUAUUCAGCCUCCCAAGAAGAAGAAUAAACACAAGCACAAACAGAGCCGUACCCAGGACCCUGUCCCCCCAGAAACGCCAUCUGAUUCUGAUCACAAGAAGAAGAAAAAGAAAAAAGAGGAGGAUCCUGAACGGAAGAGGAAGAAGAAAGAGAAGAAGAAAAAGAAGAACCGACACAGUCCAGACCACCCAGGUGUGGGCAGCUCUCAGGCCAGCAGCAGCAGCAGCCUCCGCUAACAGGCUCUACCAGAAUGGCUUUUCCUGCCUGACAAAAGCUGCCUUCCAGGCUCGGACACUGCCUUGGGAGCAUCCCCUGCAACCGGGACAGAAGCCAGCUCCUGCUGUGCUUGACUGAGAUUAACGCAUUAUAUGACAGAAGGGCCAUGCUUUUGUUAAGGCUCAGCCCAGUUGGCUUUCUCACGGACCUCUCUUCCUCUCCCAGGAAGCUUUCUUUUCAUCUCUUUUGUGCAAUUGGUCUGAUUUAGGACAUUGUCUCAUUUGUUAGGGUCUUUCUUUUUUUUGAAAAAAAAUUUACAUUUAUCAAACUGGGUGAACUGUGGCUGCCUAUUAAGAGGUAAGUGCCUUUCUGUGUGAGUCAGGGUUUAAGCCAAGGCAUUCAAAGAUCAGAGCGAAUUUGGGUCUUAUCAUUAUGUUAUCUCAUUAGCAGGCAGGGAAACCACCAGAGUAAGAUCUGGGAGCAUGGUCACAAGUGAGGCAGAGCUUGCUAAUACCUGUCUACAGCAGACACAUAACACUCUGCCCAUAGUGUUGAGAACCAAGCACCUGGAUGAGGCUCCAUCUGAAGAGUCAAUCCAGUUAAGUCUCAACUGUCUUCUGAGUCAAUCUUGCAUUGAAACAGAAUCGCCAACUGAAAAAGCACCCACAGUCACCAGUGUAGUUCAACAAGGUUAAUUCCUGGUCAAGCCUGUGAUUUUUUUUUUUUUUUUUUUUAAAUAAACCUCUGGCAAGCAAAGGUAAAUGUUUUUCUCAUCUUCAUAGGAGUCUUUGAACUGCCUCAUUCCUUAAUUAAGACAAUUAAAUUAUUUGGCUGAUUCGAAAACAUUUCUAAGACAGCAACAAAAAGGCAGCCUAAACCAGCAAAAUGCAAUAGAAAACCCAAGCUAAUGUAAUCUGACUUUAAAUAAACUUGACACAGAAGAGUUAAAA